AUCAUUAGGGGACUGGGGCGAAUUCGUGGACAAUCUCCGUUUUGUAGAUAAACUUCUUUCUGUUUCCUACUGAAAAUUACUCAAAACAGGCCAAAAAUAUCUCACUGCUGUCGAGAUGGACAGCGCAAUGGCUAUGAAAAGCUGGGAGCUUGCCAACAAUAUUGAAAACGUGAACGGGAUUGACGAAAUAUUCAAAUACGACCGCCAACAACAGCAAGAGAUCUUGCAGGCCAAACCCUGGCAGAAGGAUCCUCACUACUUCAAGAAUAUAAAGAUAUCAGCAUUAGCCCUCUUAAAAAUGGUGAUGCAUGCCCGCUCUGGAGGCAACUUGGAGGUUAUGGGUCUAAUGCUUGGCAAAGUUGAUGGUGAUACCAUGAUUGUUAUGGACGCCUUUGCGCUGCCUGUGGAAGGGACAGAGACCAGGGUUAAUGCACAGGCUGCAGCAUAUGAGUACAUGGCUGCAUAUAUUGAAUCUGCUAAAUCAGUUGGAAGGCUAGAGAAUGCUAUUGGCUGGUACCAUAGCCAUCCUGGGUAUGGGUGCUGGCUGUCUGGCAUUGAUGUUGGUACUCAGAUGGUAAACCAGCAAUUCCAGGAACCAUUUGUCGCCAUUGUAAUUGAUCCUACAAGAACUAUAUCAGCUGGAAAGGUAAACCUUGGGGCAUUCAGAACAUACCCAAAGGGAUAUAAACCACCAGAUGAGGGGCCUUCUGAAUAUCAAACUAUACCACUCAACAAAAUUGAGGAUUUUGGAGUCCACUGCAAACAAUACUAUUCUUUAGAAGUGUCAUAUUUUAAGUCAUCUCUGGAUCGUAAGCUAUUGGACAUGCUUUGGAAUAAAUACUGGGUCAAUACUCUGUCAUCAUCUAGUUUACUCACUAAUGCAGAUUACACAAACCAUCAGAUUGCUGAUCUAUCUGAGAAGCUGGAGCAAGCAGAGUCCCAAGUUGGCAGAAUGGGUACUUUUGUCGCUGGCAUGGAGGAACGCAAAGAUGAAGGCAAACUAGCCAAAGUUACCAGGGACAGUUCAAAAUCUGCAAUAGAGGCUGUCCAUGGACUGAUGUCACAAGUGAUUAAGAACAGAUUAUUCAACCAAGUUGGACUGGCAUCCUUGCAUUAAGAUCCUGCAUACCCAUAGUACCCUAGCCUGCUUGAAAGCAUUAGUGCAAGAAACCACAUCUUGAUCAUGUUGUAUGCCUGAUACGACACCUGUGAACAGGAUCAGAAGAAAACUGUACAGGACCCGAAAUGAUCCCAGGACCCGAAACGAUCCCCAAAAGUACCCCAACUGAUCCCGGGGCCCGAAACGAUCCCCAAGAGUCCCCGAAAUGAACCCCAAGGAAUUACAGUAAUGGACAACUAAAGGAAUGUGUAAGGAUUGGCUUUCAGUUUUAAAAACAUAUGAAACAUUUAGCUUUGUUUGUGUUAUUAAAAGGAAAUUUAAAUUAACUAAAACUAUAGUAUUAAGAUUUUUAUAUACGACUGCGGGGGAAAUACAGUGGUUGAGUCAGAAAUUGGGGUCAACUAACAAUUCCUGUGAUAGUAAUUUGAGGAGCCCGGCGUGGAUAAAUCAUUUUUACAUAACAAGCCAUAAAAGAAAGUCUUUACAGAUGGGACAUGCUGCUUUACAUAGGAAGCGAAAUGUAUUAAAGUUAUUUUGGAUCAAUUGGACUUUAGGGCCACCAGGUAUUGGCAUUAUAAAUAAAAGGUAUCUGGUA